UGACAAAGAAUAAAAGGAAGCACCUUCUAGCAGUUGCACAUACAUCUUCUGAAACAUCUGAGAUUAGGACAAGCUCCCAAUCCAGACAGCAUGGUUCAUUUUACAGCUGAGGAGAAGGCUAUUAUCACAAGCCUGUGGGCUAAGGUGAAUGUGGAAGAGACUGGAGGAGAAGCCCUGGGAAGACUCCUGGUUGUCUACCCAUGGACCCAGAGGUUCUUCGACAACUUUGGAAACCUGUCCUCUGCCUCUGCCAUCAUGGGUAAUCCCAAGGUCAAGGCCCAUGGCAAGAAGGUGUUGAGUUCCUUAGGAGAAGCUGUUACACAUAUGGAUGACCUCAAAGAUGCCUUUGCUCAUCUGAGUGAGCUGCACUGUGAUAGACUGCAUGUGGAUCCUGAAAACUUCAGGCUCCUGGGAAACGUGCUGGUUAUUGUCUUGGCACAUCAUUUCGGCAGGGAAUUCACUCCCCAGGUGCAGGCUGCCUGGAAGAAGCUGAUGUCUGCAGUGGCCAUUGCCCUGGGACACAAAUAUCACUGA